AUGGCACUGAGAAGCCUCGUAGAUCUAUUGUUGUUUGGUCAAGUAGUUCUAGUUUUACAGGUUUCUCGUUCAAUUUAGGCCGAGGAUCUGAGCAGGCUACACUCCCCGCCGCCUUUGCCCAUCUCGGAACAGCGACGGAAAUGAUGCCUGCUCAAGAAUGAUCGCACACACGUAGAACACAGAUGGGACAAUCAUCGCUUGGCAUGGAGAUUGGAGUCUUGCUCGAACUAGAGCUACGCGCGUGCGCAUAAUAUUGUGUGUGUGUGGGGAAGGUUAUUAUCAUUCUGUUGGUGAAAGGACCAAGACGCUACGCCACCGAGGAGACAGGACGGAAUUAGCGGAAGCCAGCGGCCGCAACUAUGGCAGAUGGUCCCGUAUUAUCUGGUUACCUAACAAAAAAUAGCAAGAAGGUGCGUUAUGCCGUGGUCAAGGGUAGAACGGAACAGCACAGUGAACGGCUAGAAUUCUACACCGACAAGAUGCACUAUCUCGGUCACAACUCAAAGCCGAACAAAGUGAUCAAGUUCAAGAAUAUGGGAUCGGUGGGAUUUCUGGGCAUGAGCCCCCGAAAGAUUGCAAACACCACAACAGAUCCCGAUGAAGGCACAUGCCGCCCAGUGACAGACCCAAAGGCUCGCUUUGUCAUCUCCCUGAAGUCGUCCGGCAUAUUCGGGCCGCAGUACUUGGAGCUGUUUGCACCAAACCCGUCGGCGUGCCGUUCCUGGGUAGAGGUUCUGCAGGAGUUCAUCACGGGCAAGCCAAGCAAAGAGAGACUUCGAUACGAUCAUAUCUGGCAUGACGUCAUCAACAUGCCGUGGGGUUUGGCUGACAGCGUGGCCGCAACAAAUAUUGUGCUCAGCCUGGCGCACAACAGCACUGAGAUUGCGCUGAUCUGCAAGGGGUUCCGGGAUCCGGUCUUUCGCUGCGGAGUAAACAGUGUGAAGAAAGUGACCCUCACAAUUUGGUCACUCCAAAUUGAUGUUGGCAAGAUGGCAUCGUGCGGUGAAGGCACCAUAUAUCUGCGGGCUUCUCCGCCAGCUACUCUCAGGGCAAUUGUUGAGUCUCUUAGCCAGGUGCUGCUAAACAACGCGGAUACAGCAGAGCCACCAGUGAAGCCACCAAGGCUUCGGCCCAGGACGGGAGGGAGAACCUCAACACUACCAAGACGGAUCCGCCAAGAAGAGCCCAGCGCUGCAGGACAGAUGCAGCCUAGACACCCUCGCUCCAAUGCCCACCCCUCGGACAACACGUCGGCACACUCUGUGCCAGCCAUUGGUGCCGAUGAUGACCCUUGGGGGUUUCUAGGGCUGGUUGAAUUGGAGGAAGGCUCCCGCAUCCUUUCCCGAUCACAGCUGCGCGGAGGAAAUGCGACGUUGCCUGAGCCGCCGCCAGUCCUGCUCCGCCACUCUCCAGGGGACUUCCAAAACCUAUACAGCACGUUUGAUGUUGAGGACAGCUUGGUUUGAUUGCUCCUGAGCAGCAGCGACAUCGACUGUAUACUGCCCCUGUCAAUGGCACUGCCAUGGACAGUACUGCUCACUCAUAUAGACAGUACUGCUCGAUGAGAUCCAGUCGCGUCACUCAAGUUUGCGCCUUGCAUCAUUUUGCAGUCCAGUGUUUGCAGGGCAAUGGCCGCGUAACGCCCGGCGCGUACUUGAGUGACGCCACUGGAUUUCAUCGAGCAGUACUCUACGUCUACACAUGCAUACAUGUACAUGGUGGCAGUGAUACCGGAAUGCCUCUUCGAUGAUUGAACAUGCACGGAGUUAGUCUGUGUUUGUAUUGUGUUUGUACAUAUUCAGUUUUGUACAGUUAGCUCGUUCAACAUUGCUACGUCUCCUCAGCAUGUAGACUUCGUAGCUCGUUCCUGUAUAAAUGUUAUGUAUGUGUAAAUACAUGUCACGGUUGCAGCUGCCGCAUCACAAUGUCAUAGGCAUGGGCAUUGCUUCCAUUAUGCAGUUUUUUACAUGCUUGCAUUCGCAAACAGCAGGAGCAUUUUGCCGGGAUUCUGCUUCUGGCGCGGUGAUCCAGAGCGUCUGCUCAUAUAUGAUUAUGCAAUAAACUUUGAUGAUUCCAGGCCCCUGCCACACUGUGUUGUUUCUACUCCCAAUGCUACGCUUGACGACACGCAGUUAACCCUCUGGAUAGCAUAUUUUAUUCUUAUUGUGUCAAUGCAUAUUGUACACAAUCUGUCACAUACUAUUUAUUAUUAUCACAUCUAGCUAGUACCUUGGUGGAUAGGGUAGCCAAAUGUGGGGUUGUUAUUUCGAAUCCCUUCACUCAAACUGCUUGCCAACGUAUUCGAGAAAAUUCUCCGGAUGUGAUUAUGGCAGAUGUAUGUGGCCAACCAAUCAGCUUGCCUCAAAUCACAAGACGGAAAAUAGUUCAAAUAUAUCGUUCAUUGUCUUCAGGACGUAAGCCUGGUCAUGCUUUCCCAUUCAUUCUCUGGGUUUUUUUAAUUAUUAAAAAAAUUAAACCAGAAAAUGACAAUAAAUUUUAAUUGUGUUUGCUGUGUGUUGUUACAUUUUUUUGUAUUCCUUGCUGGCUGUGUCACUAGGAUAGCAUAGGUUUCUCAGUCUAGGCCACCUUGUUUUCCUUUUUUUUUAAGCCCAACUACACUGCUGCCUGAUGAUUUCCACAU